CAUUUGGCCAGCUCAGCCUCGCCAGCCAAUCUCGAUACAGGGGCCGAAGCGACAUGCCAUCCAUCAAUCACGUCUCCGGAUCUCUUCUUUGUAAUCAAACAACAGCUGCCCAUCCUCUCAACCACCGCUUGCUCUCCCGCUCUUGUUUCGAUCAUACUUUUGGCACAGCCUCUGAUCUCUUCUUCUUGAUACUCGUUAUUCUUGCCUCCCUUUUUUUCAAUCCCAUCUGUCGAUUUUCGAGUCCGCCGCGUUUCCCCGCCGCUGCAGCGCCAUCGAUUCAAACACGACGACAUCUUUUUGCUUUCCGGCUCGUGCCCAGCUUCCGACCUUGCCCCUAGCUCAACUCCAGCAUCUUCUCCGCAGCUUCAUUCGCCAUGUCGGUCGAGAUUGAGCCUGUUGAGCUGUCCUUUCGGCGGCCCUUCACCGUCGAGGUCGCGCAGAUCCUCAAGAUCAAGAACCCAAGCUCAUCGCCUUUGGCAUUCAAGGUGAAAACGACGGCUCCCAAGCAGUACUGCGUUCGACCAAAUGCGGGCCGUAUUGAGCCUGGCCAGGAUUUCGAUGUUACGGUCCUUCUGCAGGCGAUGAAGGCCGAUCCCCCGCUGGAUGCAAAGUGCAGGGACAAGUUUCUCGUCCAGUCGGCCCCCAUUACUCCAGACAAGGAAUUCGCGAGCAUUGCUUCAGUGCUCGAGACGACGGAAAAGUCUGCCAUCUACGAACGAAAGAUCCGAGUCAACUGGCUACCUGCAGGUGACAGCCCUGACCAUGGUCCCACCGCCGUCGCGACGCCUAGCAAGCCUGCCGCGGUGAAUGGAGCAUACGAUACUCCCGAUGCGCCUCGAUCCUACUCCUCUCCAUCUGCUGACGACGCCUCAAACGCCGCACCUCCUCCCUAUGCCAAUGACGACAGGGAAGAUGAUGAUUCCAGACCGCAGACCGCCAAGUCGGCCGCCUCCAAGACUGCCGCUGUCAGCUCAGUCCUAGCGGGAUCAGAAGACUACAAGGCCAAGAUUGCCCAGCUGGAAGCUGAACUGGCAAACUACAAGAAUGGCGGUCUUCGACAACGCAAUGUCAAGGGCAGUGCGGAGACGGAGAAGAGCUCGGGCGGAGCUCUUGCUCAGCAAACCAAGCAGGGUGUCGAGGGUGUGCCUGUCAAGAUUGUGGCCAUCUUGUGUCUCGUCAGCUUCCUGCUUGCCUACGUCUUCUUCUAAGCCUCUCCUCUUGAUGAGGAGUAACAAGUUACUUUCCGAGAUAAUGA